CCUACGUGUCAACCACGACGACAACGAACGCACUGACAACGCUCUGGUCAUGGAGACACAGGCGGCAGACGCAUCUAUCGUCUACCGCCCAUAUGUCGGCGAGUCCGAUUUGCCUAGUAUCAUGGCUCUCGUGCAGAGCGAGCUAAGCGAGCCCUAUGUUAUAUACACUUAUCGCUAUUUCCUGCGACAAUGGCCCCAUCUCUCAUUUCUGGCUUAUUCAUCCACAUUGCCAACGGGGGACCCCAUUGGCGUGAUUGUCUGCAAACAGAGCUUGCAUCGGGAUGCUGCUAACAGGGGUUACAUCGCCAUGUUAAGUGUCGACCGAGGCUGGAGGAAGCGUGGCAUUGCACGCACACUGGUCCGACAUUCUGUAGACGCAAUGAAGGAGCACGGUGUCGAAGAGGUCGUCCUUGAAACAGAGUUCGACAACGCAGCAGCACUCUCACUAUACGAAUCUCUAGGCUUCAUCCGAGAGAAACGUCUACAUCGGUUCUACAUGAAUGGUAAAGAUGCGUUUCGACUCAUCCUCGCCGUGCCACCACCUCCACCACCUCCUCUACUCUCCUCAGGAAGCGGAUCCGCAUCGAGUUCAUACUCGGACAGUGAAGAUGCUGUUAAUCUGAUUCGUUCUGCUGCACAGAGACGGACGAACGUAUAUAAUACCCGUGUCUUACCGGAAUUUAUCGCUGGAUUUGACGAUUCGGAUGACGAAGUUUCUAUGCGUUAGAUAGCUGCGCAUCAUGGUCUCAUGCUUUCUUGCUUCCUUUUGGAACUACCUUCCUUCCUGUUCUCGGGUUUUAAUAGAGCUUCCUUUGCUCGAAUUCCUGGAGUCUCUCAUUUUUUUCUUGUUCAAGAUGAUCCUUCCUCUGUGUUUUAAUAUUUCCUUUUCUCUUUCCUCUUUUAUCACUUUUUACCUUGUGUAUACCAUACAGAAGCAAUUUCUCUCGAUCCCCACUCAUUUUU